ACAUUUCAAAGUCGUGUCAGUAAAUGUUUUUGACAUUUAUUUUGACGAUCUUGUAAAAUAAAAAUAAAAUACGAAAGGCGUCGUAAAAAUACGAUAGUGUCCGAUGUGUAUUGGAUGUGUAAAUUUUUUAAAUAAAACAUGCAUUUAAAACAAUUCAAGAAAAAAACUUGUUCGAUCAUUUGUGACAUAAGUUAAAAAAUCUUUGUAACCUCCAAACCUUAUUGUUAUGCCAUUAUGAAUACCCAGGUUUGUGUGAAUUGUUUGAAUAAGAAACCUAUCAAUCAGACAAACAACAGGCUAGUUACAGAAAGCUGUGGCCAUGUCAAGUGUAUGGACUGUCUUCUACGGGAAAAGUCGGGUUGUCAAGCUUGCCGCGGCAGUCCAAAUGGCUUGCAAGAAAACGGGGAUGAGCUGGAUUCUAAGCAGGAUGACAGCAACUUAUCACCUGAAGUACACCACACAGACGAUGGGAGCACUGUUGAAAUACGCCUAGAUGAUUGCAGUAAGAAAAAAAAACCUGAAACAUCACAUAUUACUAUUGAAACAGUGCCUGGAGGUGGUAGAUGCUACAUGUGCACCGUAUGUAAGAAACGGUUCCAUGCGAGGAGCCAGGUAGCAUAUCAUGCUUAUUGUAACGGCCAGUCAAAACCAUACCAGUGCCCUGAAUGUAAUAAGAGUUUCGCCACUCACUCCCACUUCAAGUACCACAUGCGCGUGCACCGCAACGAGCGCACGUACUCGUGCGACGUGUGCGGUGACAGCUUCUUCCAGAUGUCUAAGCUGCAGAGGCACAAACUGAAGCAUACAAAAGAGAAGAAAUACGUUUGCGGUCAGUGCAACAAGGCGUUCAACAACGUGACGUCACUCCGCAAACACGGCCUCACCCACACCGAAGAGAGGCCGUUCGCAUGCGCGGCGUGCGGGAGGCGGUUCAGAGACGGCUCAAACUAUAGGAAACAUCUGGCCAAGCAUGAUGGUUCCCCCCCUUCCAGCGGCCGCUGCCGCUCCCCCGGCGGGCGGCGCGCGCACCAGUGCCCGCGCUGCCCGCAGGCGUUCCACUCUAGCAAGGACAUGAAGAGGCACGCCGCGGUACAUACCGAUUCGAAACCGUUCCGCUGCAAGGUGUGCAACCGGCGUUUCCGGAGGAAAGACAACCUCGAGAGGCACAUUCGCAACACGCAUCCCGACUUCGUACCGGCCAGCGCCGUGGAGUGCGACGUGAGCGCACUCAACGAAAUCACCAGCGCCAAUGGAACUCCCAACUCUGAUGAGAAGAGGGAGAAAACCAUGCUGGAGAUCCUCAAUCCCCUCCCCCCGCUACCGCAGGAGGUCAUCCAAAAACACAUAAUGGAAGUCAACGAGAACGUCAGCCAAAACAACCAGGAAAGCAAAGAGACGGCCAUAGACAAAUCGUACAUUCUAGAAGCGAACAACGCGCGCCAAAGCGUCAUAGUCGAAAAAGUUCCGAAUUUGGAACGGAAAGUGACCAUAAACAGCGACGAGUAUAUACAUAAGAUUCGGAAAGCGAACUCUAUGGUCAGCCAGAAAAAUGUAACUUUGCCGCCAAUAGAUGAGGAGAAAAUAAAACAGUUGCAUCGCCUGAACAGUUUGGAUGUUGGCGCACCGCCGAAAAAUAUGGAGUUGUAUAAGAAGAUUUUGUAUGAGAAGCCGGAGAUCGACGUGGGUGGGAGCAAUGAGGAGGAGAAGGUGAGGAGCUCGAGUCCGGAGAUGCACUGGAGGAGGAAAAUGAAGCUUAAUAUCAACUGAUAUUCACAGAACUGAAGGCUGAGCACGGUGGCUAUGUAGUUGUGUGAGGUAUUUGUAUCGUAUUGAACUAUAUUUUAUAUAUAUACUCUUUGAUACUGGACUUUUGGAGAGAUGUGAUUUUAUUACUGUUACGUACAGACAUACAUACAUUUCUAUUUUUUGUUGCCAAAUUCGGUCGGUUGUAUUAAAUUCGAUAACUAUUGGCACAGAGAUGUCACAUUUUGUUCACUCGGUAUUAAUGAGUGAACUUCUUUAAAUAUCAUGUUUUUAAUAGGAGAAAAGAGGGGAUUUAAUGGAUUGAGUGUAUUAAAUAAAACAUUUUUAUUAUAUAUGUAUAUAUAUUUUUAUAUUGUGGUUUUGCUUUGAUUGAUACAGGCCGACCACAGAAUACGACCCAUUUUCAUGCUGUCCCCAUAAAAGUAGAAAAAAAAAGCAGACGUAGUGUGGCUUUAAAAAAACUGAAGCAUCGUAAUGGCGGCAUUGUAUGUAUGUGUGAGUGAGUGAAUUAGAUAAUCUAUGACGUACUGGCGGCUGACUGUCACACUAUUGGUGAGUGUGUGCGUGAGGCGUUACUUGUAUAUAUACACACUAGAGGCCUCCAGCGACUUCGUCCGCGUGGAAUCAAUCUCGCGUGAACUCCGGGAUAAAAAGUUGCCUAUAUGUUAUUCUGGGUCUUCAGCUACCUACAUUACAUACCACAUUUCAUCGUAAUCGAUUCAGUAGUUUUUGCGUGAAAGAUUAACAAACAUCCAUACUGACAUACUCACAAACUUUCGCAUUAAUAAUAUUAGUAGGACAUUUACUAUUGGUGCUUCAUUUUGCCAUAUAGUAAAACUCCGUCUGCCUAUUUUUCUACGUCUAUGGCUGUCCCUUUCUGUCUGGUUAAACUAGAAAGAGACAACAUUCUUUAUGAUUCGAACGUGUCAUGUCAUGUCUGUACGUUCGGUAAAAAGGACUGAUUUUUAAAAUUCGCGUCUAAUUACGAUUGACAGCAAUAUACUUAUAAUAUGUAGGUACUUAAGUAUCAAUCUUUAUCAUUGUAUGCAUCUGUCCUUUUAAGAUUGACCUGUUUCCUGUGUGAAGAAAUAUUAUAAUGUUUUUCACGAUUAAUAAUAAUAAGGUCGAUCAAGAAAUAUGACCUCUUUUAGUCGUAAAUCUUUCACGGCUGAAUGAGAAAUGAAGAAAAAUUUCUUUUAUCUACAAUCUUUAUUCGUGUAGUCAAGCUUUUCAAGAUCCUUAGUCGAGAACAAAGAUUUAUUAUAAAAUGUUUCCUAAAGAUGACACAGAGAUCUCACAUUAGCAUGAACGUAUACAAGGCAUGUUGAGAGGCGUUUUCGUAAUGGCCAAUUCUUUCAUCAAAUAAGUUUUGUUCAAAAUGAAAAAAAAAAAAACGGCAAUUGCGUUGUAGCUUGCCUUGUUAAUAUCGUCUUGUAAGAGAUACUGGGCGUUUUUGUAUAUCAUGUGUACAGUGUCAAAGUCACUGAAGAAAUGCUUGUUGUUAAAACUUAAGGUUGAAAAGAUGAUAUUUUUAUUUCUGUCCUUAUCAAGAAUCUAAAAUAUUUUAAGGUAAUGGACCCAAUUCUGUAAAGAAACACCGCUUAGUUUGCAAACGAAACUAUCAAAUUAUUUUACUACCUUAAUACAUACAUAUAGUCACGUCUAUAUCCCUUACGGGGUAGACAGAGCCGACAGUCUUCAAACGACUGAAAGGCCACGUUCAGCUUAUGUAUGAUGGAAUUGAGAUUGAAAUAGUAGCAGGUUGCUAGCCUAGCGCCUACAAGAGGAAUUCCAAGUUUAUAAGCGCUCUUAGUCGCCUUAUACGAUAUCCAAAAGGAUAUAUAUAAAAUGGUUACAUUGUCAAGUGCCGAAAACCACACGGCAUCUACUAUCUUAAAAAAGGUUUAAAUACUAAGAUGCUGGUGUGGGGUCUCUAACAGAUUAGCGUCGGGGUGGUGGGGUAUUCUUGUCGGUAUCUAGUGUUCUAUCUUAGUCGUAAGUACGUCCAAGACGAAUAACUGUAACCUAAGUGUAGAUAAUCCUAUGUUAAUCGAUUUAUUAAUACAUUCUUUGAGAGAUUUAGAAACCUUGUUAUGCUUUAUCGUAUCCAAAAUACGGUUGUCCGGCUCGAAGGACCAAAUUCGGAUUAAUUUUAUUCAGAAUGUUUGAUCUCGUUUUUACGCUUAAAGCAUCGUGUUUUUUUAAAUGAAUUAAUGUCUAUGAAAAUAUGUAAUUAUCAAUUAAUUAUAUGGAAAAAUCAAAGAGCUUUUAUUGUAAAAAAUCGACAUAAUGAUGUUUCUGAAUCUUAUUCGUGUUUUAGUGAAAAUAGUUUAUUUUGUCUAUUGAAGCCACUAUUGUGAUGAAAUUGAUACAUAAUCAUAUUUGAUGUUUAUUUUAAGUAAGUUUGGCCUCCAAAUGGUUUGACCUUGACCUUGGCCAAAAAGUUGUGUGAUAUGGAGCUUAUGGCUUGAUAUAUGAUGUAUUGAAGUAUUUUAUAUUAAGUAUACGUAUUGUGUAACGACUGAACAUCCUGAUCUCUACUGCACGUUGAUCUCACGUAAUUUAAGUUGUAAUUUGGAGGUCAUAUUGUGAAUUGGUGACUCACCAAAAUGGGCUAGUGAUGUAUAUUCGACAUAAGUUGUCAAAUAGUUCAAAAAUUUUAAGUUAAUAAAUUGUUUUGAGUGAGGUACCAAAUUCGGUCGUACGCAUUUUCGCUAUAAUAAUAUAAGUCGCCACUUACUACUAUAUGUGCGCGUACGCAGCACACUGAUGGUCCGGAGUAUAUGAGAACAGAGAUUUGGAACUGAAUAAUCUUGGGCUUUAUUCCCACAUUAACGGAUCUGUGUACCGUUCAUGUUCGACCAAUCACAUUGCUGAGUUAGUAAGUAUUUCGUUACACAAGCCUCGAACUUACUUCGAGGUUACUUAAUUUGUGUAAUUUGUCCCGUAACAUUUAUUAUUUACUCAUGUUUUUUCUGAUGUCCACCGAGCAUAGCUCGGUCACCCAGGUACUAUAUAUUUAAGGGAGGGAAUAGAGGAAAGGAAGUGACUACUACUGUAUAAGUUCAGAUUAUGACCAGCUUUAAGUGUAAGUGGGAUUUCAGAUGAUGGUCGGUACAAAAGCCCCAAUAUUUAUUUUAUUAAAAACAAAUUUUAAGAGACAAAAUUACCAUCCACAGCAACGCACAGUGGUUCACUGUGCUAACCUUUAUAAGACGGUUCUCUCUGUUCUCAUAAAAAACAACAUAACCUAUUCCUUAUUCAAGUUUAUGUGAAGAUCAAUAGAUGAAUUCCCUUUUGCAAAUCUUACGGUGACUUAAACUUGAAAAUUAUGUGCAAUCGAUUAUUUUCCAGUCUGAAAAAUUCCUGUGACAAAUGCGCUACAAUCUUUUUGUUUUUGAACCUAAGUGACGAUCUCUUUAUUAUAAAUGCCUGUAAAUUGUCGGGCGCCUUAAGUACUACAUAUUUAACUUAGCGAGUUUGUUACUGACGACUUUUUAUUUUAAUUAAUUCCUUGGAAUCUAUACACAAAAUUUUGCGACAGCCGGACAUUGUUUUAGUUUUAAAAUAACUACUCAGCCAUUUUGUAUUUUGGAUGACGUCACUAAGUUAAUCUUACCACUCAAACAAUGUUUCCAUUUUACUUUAUGUGAUGUUCUGCCAAACAAGAAUUCAUUGAAAUAUAAUAUUGUCUUAAAUAGCUUUCACAAAUUUAAUAGUU